AUGAGCAGCUGCUGCCCAGGGCUGGGCAGGCUCCUGGUGGCCGUGGCUACAGCCCUGGGAUCUGUCUCUUCCCCUUGCCCCCAGGCCUGGGGCCCCCCAGGAGCCCAGUACGGGCAGCUUGGCAGGUCUGUGGCGCUGUGCUGCCCGGGAGUGGCCGCUGGGGUCCCGGUGUCCUGGUUUUGGGACAGAGAGCCAAGGCUGCUCCAGGGACCCAGCUCUGGACAAGGGCCUGAACUCGUCCUGACUCGGGCAGACAGCACCGACGAGGGUAGCUACAUCUGCCAGACCCUGGAUGGUGCUGUUGGAGCCACAGUGACCCUGCGGCUGGGCUACCCCCCAGCCCGCCCUGUUGUCUCUUGCCGAGCGGCCGACUAUGAGAACUUCUCCUGCACCUGGGGUCCAGGCCGCGUCAGCCAUCUGCCCACUCAAUACCUCACCUCCUACAGGAAGAAGACAGUGCCAGGAGUUGAUAACCAGAGGACGAAUUCAUCCACUGGGCCCUGGCCGUGCCCGCAGGACCCCCCAGGGGCUGCCCGCUGUGUGGUUCACGGGGCGGAAUUCUGGAGCCAGUACCGGAUCAAUGUGACCGAGGUGAACCCCCUGGGGGCCAGCACCCGUCUGCUGGAUGUGAGCUUGCAGAACAUCUUGCGCCCUGACCCACCGCAGGGGCUGCGCGUGGAGCCCAUACCUGGUCACCCCCGCCGCCUGCAUGUCAGCUGGAAGUACCCCGUCUCCUGGCCCCACCAGCCCCACUUCCUCCUCAAGUUCCGGCUGCAGUACCGGCCAGCACAGCACCCAGCUUGGUCCACGGUGGAGCCCGUGGGUUUGGAAGAGGUGAUCACGGACGCAGUGGCUGGGCUGCCCCAUGCUGUGCGGGUCAGUGCCCGGGACUUCCUGGAUGCUGGCACCUGGAGCUCCUGGAGCCCUGAGGUCUGGGGCACUCCGAGCGCUGGGCCCCCACCAGAGGACCUGCUGGUGGGGGGCCAGCCACCGUCAAGGCUGGAGGCACAGCCACCGGCAGGCAGCCUUGUCCCCUCAAGGCCCUCCCUCCAGCCGGGCCCACGGCCACUUGACCACAGGGUCCCCCUGGAGCAGGUGGCCAUGCUGGCGUCGUUGGGAAUCCUCUCUUUCCUAGGGCUGGUGGCCGGAGCCCUGGUACUGGGGCUCUGGCUGAGACUGAGACUGGACCAGAAGGAUGGACCCCCAAAGCAUGGAUUUUUGGGCCCCAUCAAUGCUGUGGACAAGUUCAAGAGUGAGUAG